AUGAAUAUUCAUGGCAUGCCGCGAAGCGAAGCUCCGCAGCACAGCUGCCGUCAAAGCGCAGCGAGGCAUGAGGGUGGCAUGUGCCCUGUUGCCUCCUUCAGAGUGAGUUGUGCUCGCCGAGGGUACAGUUGGCAGGCCAAGGAUCCUUCCCCGCUGGCCGAACGGACGACUGAGAUUGGAGGUUGUGAGGCGUUACGGCUGCUGGCUUGUCCCGUCGUCCUGGGCUUUCUUUUUCCACGUGUCACGGUCCAUUUUGCGAACCAGCCGUCUAUGCCAUUCUCCCUGAGCGAGCACGCAGAGGCAGACGAUGUGCGUGCCAUCCUCGCGGAGAAGGUGGGUGAGAACUUCGUCCUGCGAACCGUGCAGCGAAACCAGCCAAUAAGCUGCCGUUUCCUCUCCCACUGCGACCUGCUGUGUGCAACGCCUGAUGACAUGGCAGCAGCACUAGCCUCCGCGCGGCGUUUCGAGGAAACCAAGUCGACGGCUGACUCGGAAGAACUAGGUUCUUCGGCUACCACAUCUACCACUCCCCGAGUUCUUGACUUGAAACCAUUCGUUGUUCGGCGAACAGAGUAG